CUGACUGCGGAUGAAGCCAUAUCUGUAACAGUUUUACACCUCUGGACACCGCUGGUCUCCGCAUGUUAGGGUAUACCAUAAACUAAAAGUGUGGCAGAAAUAUUGUGUCUUUAAGUUUUACAUAGUGACUACAAAGAUACCAAGAAUCUCCGAUAUUGUCUUAACAUUUCAGUAUAGGCUUGGAAAUCAAUUAUAAAGCCUGUUUCUCUCGUAGCCGCUGUAAUCUCAAUUGUAAAACACUAGCUGCUUUCGUUAUGUUAAAUAGAAAAUAUUUUCUCACAGACUUGCUACAACAACAUACUGUAAACAUGGGACAGUUUUGAAAGCAAGAUAGUACCUCGUAAACACGUCGGGUUAUAAACGAUACAUUAUGUUUUAUCAGAAACGGGAAAAUGCGGAAGCCUGUAAAAACUUUCAUCCGAGUAAGCGGUAAAUACAAGUUGUUGACCUUUUAUCUCCUGUUGAUUUGUGGAACUUACAUUUUAUGAACUUUCUGAAUAAUAUAGUACAGUGAACACAUUACUAUACUCGUGUUGUAAUGUACUACAAAAGUAAUGGGGAAAAAAUUGCGUUUUCUGACCUUCGGCGAUAGUCGACUUCAUACAUAGAUUCCUGUUCUCUGACUCUCCACUUUCAACACUUGAAAAUUCGUGGAGUUCACCUCAUUUGCGAUAUACACUCCUUUACUAUAGAGACUUAAGGCACGCGAGUUCAAACCGGGCCUUGAACAAGGUUAGAUUCCCCCGUUUUGGCAGCUUGUGUGGCCCCGGCAACGAUCGUGUGGCUGUUUGCGUCGUCCAACAUUCUCAAGUUUAAAGACCACUUGCCUUCCACCAGUAUUGGUGUAAAUCCUUAUACAUGUCUGAAAGCACAGCUAAGGACAAGCCAGGUUAAUCAUUACUCUACAGUAUUUUGAAUAGCCAGAAUAUGUGGUAAUUCAGUAUUUUUGAGCAACUUUAAGGAUACAGGAAACGUUUAGUUUUUAUUUCUUAAUAUGGCUUGCACAUAUAUAGUCUGACCUAGUAUAUAAUAGUACAACAAAGCUGUUUUCCUAAAGCUCAGCGGUUAGUCAGGAACAUAAAGGAUACAUUAAAAGGUACUAUAAAGCGAACAAUAUGGACAUUAAAAUGAUGAAAGAUAUGCCAAAAGAAAUGGAAAAAAAUUUUUUUUGACCCCUUUAUUUUAUGCAUAUUUUCCGUCAAUGGUCGGAAAUAUUCGGAAAUGACGUCAUCGAUGAACACAAUAGGAACGUGGGACCAGCUCAGCGCACAUCAAUUCAGGCUUUCCAGGGAACCAAGUGUCUUUGCACGUAUCAUCGUUGACAUGACCACGACAGACUACUCAAUAUCCGGACUGAUCGCUGGCGCCUGAGGAAAACUGUAGUUUAAAGCCAUUUUUAGCAUGAGGAAUCUUAACGAAAAGCCGGCGGUAAUGUCUUCUGGUCACAGCUCACAGUUACCUCAACCUAUAAACCUUAACGGCGUUUUAUCAGCAUGAAAUUCUUGAAUGCCAGUAGAAUUUAAUCCAUCAAUUCAGAAAUAAAUAUAAGAGGAAGCAGCUUGUUUAAAUAUAUAAUUUUAGAUCAGUUCGAACAAUUCGGAUCACACAUUCAAAUAAACCUUUAUCUGUAUAAGCAACAAAAGACUAUACAGGAAACAUGUUUACCUAAUCCUGAACAAUAAUUUAAAAAAAAUGACUGAUUUUUGGGUGUCAGUUAGUCCAAGAGUUACUAAAAUGACGUAAUAGAUUUCUGAUUUUCAUAAUUCUGAUGAGCUUAAGAAAGGUGUCAGCGGAUUUUUUCGGAAAGCAUAGGCUAAUAUCCUACUGGGAAAAUUUAAGUUUCAGCAGUAUUGUUUGCUGACAUUUGUUUGACCCAUAAAUAUAUACUUCGGCCGCCAGUUUAGAUCUUUUACCACAAUCAUAAUUCUCUCCAGGAAGGCUUUUCAUCAGGACUCUGCUAUUAAAACGAGCAGGAUGUUUGUGCAGCUAGAGGACAGGUGAUCAAUGUCAUCGAUGCAUUUUAUAGCGUGUUACCCAAUACUGAUGUACAGCACGUAGAGAGUUGUAAUGGCGACAGAGAGACUGUAUAUCAGAUAACACCACUGAGGGGUUAUAUUAUAGAUAAGCAUGCAUGCCGUGCCAAUCUGAAAGAAAACGAAUAAAGAUGUCAGUGUAUGUACCAGGUAUGUCUAUGCAGCAGUUGUCACGUCAUACUCUAUGAACCGUUUGUCAAGAAGCAUACAUUAUACAUGAAAAUGUCUCGAGACUUCUGUGCGGCUUUUAACCGAAUCCUUGCUUAAACUUGAAAACCUGAAUACAUUGUGGACUGGUACCAUCAUAACAAACACGACCAGGCCUACUGUGCCUUUGAAAACAUACCGACUGUGCUGGAUACUGUAUAUAUUUACUCAUGCAGGCAAGAGCAAAAAAAUACAAACGUGAGCCCGAGUAUGAUAAGGCCCACUAAAGUUUCCUGGUGAUAAGAUAUUGUAUACAAAUGAUCAGACAGGUAUCAGAGAAAGGUACAGGCUGUAAAGGACGAGCACCUGUCUAUAUGGCAGUCCACAUGAAAUCAUUUCUGGUUUCACUGCUUCUCUGGAAUUUCCUUCACCCCACUGUUCUGGCACAAGCGUCUCACAGUUGUUGGAGUAAGGUAAAGAAUUUGUGCAUAACCACAAAGAAUUUUACUGCUUGGAGAGAUGCUCGGGACCAUUGCAUUGAUCUUGGUGGGAAUCUAACCAUUCCUAGAAAUGACACCAAACACCUUCAAAAUGCCACACGUUUGGGUGACAAGGUAUGGGUGGGAGGUCGGACCACCAGGGUAUGGAUAAAAGAUAAAUCCUUUUAUUACUUCGGUGACUGGACAGGAUGCGUUAACAGUGCAAAUCAUUCACAUCGGUUCAGACAAAGUAAUGACCUGAGUGAAUGUUUAUACUCUUGUUAUCGCUUCAGUUAUGCUCUUAUGCAGAGAGGACAGUGUGCCUGCUUGGACAAAUCCCUACCAUCAAGACGUACCAAUUGCACAGACCCAUUUAUGUGGUCCUCAUCCCUACAAAAUAUCGCAGCAAACCAAACUCACCAGUUCUCAAUGUCUGUCGCAGUGAAUACCAAAGAUGCGUUAGAUGCCAAACAUUGUGGCCAAGGUCAAGCCAGGAAAAGGAGACGGUUUUGGAGACGAACGCGCGAUUGUGGUCAGGCUCGCACCUCAUUAUGUCAGUUUGAUAAUUCCACAGGGGACAGUGAAAUACAAUACGGGCGUUUUUUCUUGAAACGACUUGGUAAGGAGCAGUCGUGGGUUUCUAGUCGCCAAAUCUGCGAAAAGGAGAGCGGAGUAUUGGCCAAGCUUGACUGGCAGUCCCCCCUGAUGAAAGCAAGUUUUUUUGAAACGUUUAAAGGACACUGGAUGUGGUUGGGUCUGGACAGUGUUAGAUGGUAUUUUAUAAAUGGACAGCCGGUGGCGUCGUCUUGGCCUAAUUUCAACACGGGAGAGCAUGAAAAGUGCCUGGUAUGGGGAGAGUCUGAGCUUAUAUCUGUUCAGUGCUCCGGAGUUAUGGAAUUUCCGGCGGCUUGUACAUUGCCGUACGAAGCUCCACCGAAAACAGACGUCACGAACGAUGUGACCAGCACGUCAGAAUCUGAAAUGACGUCGGCCAUGAGGGACACUCUGACAACUGAAAACAGUGGUAUGUAUGUUGGAAUCGGUGUCGGUUUGGCGGUUAUAGCUGCCCUAGUCUUGGUUGUGGUUGUGGUAUGGAGUGUUCGACGAAAGAGGCACAGACCAGGGAAACCUUCCAAUCUCCAAAGCCGGCAACGGGCUGCACAUGUGGGCCAUGGAAUAACUCCCAUGAAGCAGAUUGGAUCGCAAGGAAUCGUGGAUGGAGAGGAGAAUUCAUAUGUGAAUCCACACACCACAACAGAUGCUCCCAAUCUGGACGAGAUGUAUGCUAAGGUAGUCAAUAAGCCAUUAACACAGAACAAGAUGACCAGUGACGUGAAGACUGAAGACGACUACGACAGACUUGCUGUUUCUAAGGCGUCUGGUCCUCUUACAUGUCACAAUGCGGCUACUUCAUUAUAUUCGGUUGUUUCACCAGAAGAUAUUACUUACGUUAAUUGUGACAAGACCACAGUUGUCUCCCCUUACCAUCAUCUCGUCUUCGAAGACAGUCCUGGUGUAAAGGAUACCGCCUGUUACGAUCAAAUGGAUAUUCAUAAUGUAGGACGUACCCGAGAGCUAGAUAUGUCAUCUUUGUAUAACCACGUGACCGAAGAAAAUGAUAACUAAAAAACCUAUUUAGCGACGAGGCGUUCGUGUGUAUAUUACUAGAGAGAGCGCACAUCUGGGUAUCUUUACUCGCAUGAGGCAGCAAGGAGACGACGAGGUGAAAAGAUAACAUGGGAUGGUAUAGGGAAAUGAAUAAAAGUGGACGAUAUUUGCUGAGAACUAUUUCUCAUAAUAACCGGAAAUUAUAGCAGGCUUUUGUUAGACGACAGAAAAUCUCAAAUGAGUACGUAAAUUAUGAACGCAAACAACGUGUAUUAUUGGGCUACCGUGGGAGAGUUUAGUGUUGACUUUCCUGUUAUAUGUUUAGGUAUUUAGACAAUAUUUUCACUUCUGUGGCGCAGUAAUUGCCCGGCUGUUCACGGCUAUAACCAUGUGAUUUAAUCCAUGCCCAUCGCCUUAAGAGCUGCAUGGGGAUCUCUAGAUGGCAAUCAUGACACUUAUGUGGCUAUUACCAGCCGAUAUCCACAGUAUAAGAUCUUUUAUGGGUCUAGACAAGAAGUUCCAUGUACAUUUCUUUGUAUGUACGGAUAGUCUUUGUGUAGUUGUAUAUUUACAAGCAGCAUACACCAUUAGAUAGAUAAGAUACACCAUUAUGUCAUUCUGGCUGUGUAUACCUGUGCCGGAAAUUGGUAGGUUGUCGUAGAUACGUGGGAUUGUAGGCUGGUUUAACAUUGUAUAUUUUUCUAAAAACAGCUGCCCGAAGAAAAGAGUGUCUAUUGAUAGCAGGUGAUAGACAGCACAGACUUAUAUUAUUCAGCUGUUACAAAAACGUUCAUGCUUUCAGUUCCUAUAAUUUAUUCAAAUAACAAGCAUAAUAGGCCUUUCACAAAUUUUCAGUGGGUCCAUCCAUUUGUCUCAAUGACGAACCCUUUUCAACAUUACCUAAACAAGAUGAAUUGUUGAUCUCGUCUUAUAUCUUAAUGUUGACGUGACUUGUAAGGACAUUCAAAUGUCGCAUGCUGCCACUGUUAACACGCAUACAGUGUCCUUUGACAACUAAUAUCAACUCUUCUUAAUUAUAUAUCUCCCUAUACAGAUGAUAUAAGAGAGCUUUAGCACAAUUCAAAUUUUACGAUGUUACCAUUUAAAUGAAUAAUAUAUUUGCAAUGAACUAAACGUGUAUUUUGAUGUUUCACUAAUCCUACUUUUAUUUUUUCAGAAUUUACAAAUCGUAUUAUCAAAAGCAAACAUCAUCCCUAUUUCUUACUGGUUACAAAUAGUGCCUUUCAUCUGACUGUAAACAUUCCAAGCCUUAGUUCUUACACGUACGCGGACAUGUGAUGGCUCUGCAAAAUACGC